CAUUGCUUCCAUUCAGAUGAUCAUGCAGCAAAGCGACAUGGAGCUCUUGCUCCUCUCCUUUCUCCUCCUCAUGGCUCUCUCUCUCUCUUUUUGGAUUCGCUUCUUUGUCCAUAAACUCGAAAAAAGCAGUGGUAUUAACCUGCCUCCAGGGAAAAUGGGUUUUCCAUUCAUUGGUGAAAGUCUAGAAUUCCUUCGGAUGGGCAGGAAGGGAACCCCUGAAAGGUUCAUUCAAGAUAGGAUGGCCAAAUACUCAACCCAGAUCUUCAAAACUUGCUUACUCGGAGAACCAACUGCAGUUGUGUGUGGGGCUGCUGGAAACAAGUUGUUGUUCUCCAACGAGAACAAGCUUGUUACUUCAUGGUGGCCGCGCUCUGUGGAGAAGAUAUUUCCCUCUUCUCUUCAGACUUCGACCAAAGAAGAGUCCAUGAAAACUCGUAAGUUGCUUCCAGCCUUUCUAAAACCCGAGGCGUUGCAAAAGUAUGUGGGGAUCAUGGAUUCCAUAGCGAAGUGGCAUUUGGAUAACCACUGGGACUUGAAUGAAACCGUUACUGUUUUCCCUCUUGCCAAGCAAUACACCUUCAUGGUGGCUUGUAGAUUGUUCUUGAGCAUAGAUGACCCUAAGCACAUUGCAAAAUUCGCUAACCCAUUUCAUAUUUUGGCUGCUGGGGUCAUGUCAAUACCUAUAAACUUCCCUGGGACCCCAUUCAACCGUGCUAUCAAGGCUGCGGAUUCCGUAAGAAAGGAGCUCAGAGCAAUAAUCAAGCAAAGGAAAAUUCAAGUUUUAGAGGGGAAAAGUUCAUCCUCUAAGCAUGAUAUACUGUCCCAUAUGCUCACCACAACAGAUGAGAAUGGACAGUUCUUGAAUGAGAUGGACAUUGCGGAUAAGAUACUUGGUUUGCUAAUUGGUGGCCAUGACACUGCAAGUGCUGCCAUAACUUUCAUCAUCAAGUAUCUUGCAGAGUUGCCACAAGUCUACAAUGAGGUUUUAAAGGAGCAAAUGGAGGUUGCAGCCGGGAAGAAAAGUGGAGAGAUGCUUGAUUGGGAGGACAUACAAAAGAUGAAGUAUUCAUGGAAUGUGGCAAAUGAAGUAAUGAGGCUGGCACCACCACUUCAAGGUAGUUUCCGAGAGGCCAUAACUGACUUCACCUAUGCUGGUUUCUCCAUUCCCAAAGGGUGGAAGUUGUACUGGAGCACAAACGCAACACACAAGAACCCUGACUACUUCCCUGAUCCGGAGAAAUUUGAUCCUUCAAGGUUUGAAGGAAAUGGACCCAUUCCUUACACCUAUGUUCCUUUCGGAGGAGGACCACGAAUGUGCCCUGGGAAAGAGUAUGCUCGUUUGGAAAUACUUGUUUUCAUACACAAUGUUGUGAGACGGUUCAGUUGGUAUAAACUGCAUCCAAAUGAAGAUGUCAUAGUGGAUCCAAUGCCAAUGCCUGCAAAAGGACUUCCCAUUCGCCUUCGUCACCAUUAAUCUUCCUUGCCUUCAUAUAUAUAUAUAUAUAUAUAUAUAUAUAUAUGGAUUCCUCGCAGCUACGCCAGAUGCCUAGUUGUGCGCAUAUAUAUAUAUAUAUAGUUUCAUGUGCUUUUAUUUAAAUAAAGAAAAUACUUGUGUAUCUGUAGUGUCUGCAGCUAAAUAAAGAGCUGCAGGAACGCUGCUUGUAACGUAUCUUGGGUUUGAACCAAAUAUUCAAACUCACCUAUUUCACUA